UGUGCCAUCCGCACAGUUGGCUGUAACCGAUAAUAAAAAUCGCACACACACACACACUGUCUCUCAGGUGUGAGAACUUGACACGGUUUGGUUACUUCGCUACGUAACUGGUAGCAGUGAUACCGUGUACCAUAGAGCCAAUCGAACCUCGCACCGUAAGCGUAAUAUUUUACCAAUUUGAUUUUAUGUGCUUUGUUCAGUGUUAUUGCACUUUGGCGAACUCUACUGAUCUGCCGCGUGUGCUGGUCGAUAAUCGAGAGACUUCCCCAGUACUCGGUGUAGCGUAGCGGUAAGUAUGCGAUGGGCCGGGUAAGAAAAAGAGAGAAAUAACAAAGCUGAACCGAUUCUCAAACACCUGGAACGGGCAAAUAAAAAAAAAGGUCCGAAACUCUCAUGAAAACAAAUCCACUGCAAAAGUGGUCCGAUGAGAGCGAUAAUAAAUGAUUCAGAACUGUUUGCAAUCAAUGGUUGCGCGCUGUGUGCCAUUUUGGAUUUUAACAUCUUCAUCAACCUGUGUUGAUCCGGCACGGCACGAGUAUGAAAAACGGUAAAAAACUUUCUCAAUAGUCUGCAUUGUGCGGAUAGAGCGGGUGAGCAAGUAAGUGGGAGUGGGAGGGCAAUAUUGGAACAGGACAGGCUGUCGCUAUACCGACCGAGAACCGGUUUCGUAGGAAAUGGAUAAUGAAUGUUUGAUUGCUGUCAUUACUGACGCUUUCUCGGCACCAAAAAAAAACUUUUUGCCACCUGGUGUACCAACCGGCAGACAAAGGCACAAUCAUUGUGCUUCAGUCUUCAGUUCAGUUGUGUUGGGUUAUGGUUCUGACCAAAGUGAGUUGGAGAUGUGCCGAAAAUGGGUGCCAAUCGUGACAGCUUUAUCAGCUGUCCUUCGUGUGUGUUCCGGUACGCUAGUCACGUCGGUGGGAAUGAUAGCCUGUUAAGCCUUUUGUGGAGCUUAUCUACAAGAACAGAUCACGGUACUCAAUCAUAUUCCGCCGCGCUGACAGAUGUCAUACGUGAGAUACCGAGAGAACUUGGCCACGGGACCACACACGGGAAGCAUCGGUUUGAAGUGCAUCAGCUUUUACGAGCACAAUUUUUAAUUUCCAAAAUGGCCACCUUUGUGCGAGAAUGUUACUAUCCGGAAAAGCUGGAAAAGCCAUUGUCCGGAAAAAUGGUACACCACUGCACCACCAGAUGCAACAUUGUCGCGUGUACCUCAUCUCAUCCCGGCUGUUGUAAGCACAACCUACGCUGGUUGGCCUGCCUUGAUACCGAUGCACCAGUCUAAUGUUCUUAAUUUUUAUGAACCAUUUCCGGGUGACGGUGUGAUGCACUCGAUGAGAUCCACCGGGAGUGAUCCACCGCACCGCAGUACGACAGUUGGUAAAAAUAUCUUCUUGCACGCCGGCUGCCUUCGCGGUGGAAACUGCCAUCGUGUCAAAAGCGUAGCCUGCCACGGGUCCAGGUAGUGUGGGUCUUGUCGGACUUGUGAGGACUACCCGGUAACUAAGCUGCUUCUCUUGCUAGCAUCAAACCGUUCAGCUCCAGCACUGAUGUGUUUGAAGAUGUAGGAAGGCCGCGUGUGGCUUAUGAUCAGCACCUUGCAUUACCGCGGCACCGUAUGUAAAAGUGCGAGGAACGAGCACCUACAUUAGCUGAUUGCUAUAUUGCGCUACAGCCCCGGGGCUUAUCUUCCGGUCGGAUUCACACGAUCGGAAAAUGAGGAACUGCGCUUCAAAAUGUGUUGUGUUUUUUUCCCCGUGCAUAAAAAUGGAGCGAAACAAAAAAAAAAAAAAAAUGGCGGAAAAAUGCACAUACACGUUGGGUACACGGCGGGUUGAAGUGCUACAAAUCAAAGCAAUGCUCGGCCGGUGGUAAACGGACACAUGUAACGUAAUGCAAGGAUUGCCAGGGGAACGAUGCGCUAGGUGCAGGAAAAGUUAGCCGUCCGUCAUGGGCCGACAGUCAUGGCGUGUAAGCUGGGAGCAAUUCUAGCAAAUGGAUAGCGUAAACUAUACUCGCGAAAUGGGGUAGUGAGUAUGAAAUGUUAUUACGGGCUGGGUAAGAAUUUUUAGCAGAUUAGAAUCAAGAUGAGUAGAGAAACAAAGAAGGU